AUGAGAAGUUGCACAAAAACAUUUUGGGGUAACGGUUCCAAAAGUUCCCCGACCACUGCUUUAGAUAGACCAAGUACGCAUAAGAAAAAGGUCAUCGAUCCUGUUUCUGAUUGUUACACUUCCGAUACUCGAUAUGAGUUAAUAUUCAUGCGUAGUCAUUACGAGGAAGACGAAGGCGCUUGGGGUUGCGGCAAUUGGUUCGAAUACACAAUGGUGACCGUCCUGUCCAGCGUGCUCCUGGUCGGUUCGUUAGCACUGACGCUCUUCUGGGUGCUCUACUACCGCGAUGGGUUUGCAUGGACCGAAGACCCCAAGAAACAGUUCAAUCUACAUCCGGUUCUCAUGGUCGCCGGAUUCAUCACCUUCAGCGGAUUCUCAAUCUUGCUCUACAGGGUGUGUCGUUGCUGCCGACGUAUCUACGUGAAACUUCUGCACACCGUGUUCCAUGCCCUGGCCAUUCCUUGCGUAGUCGUGGGCUUCUUGGCUGUCCUGGACUCCCAUAACCUGGCCACGCCACCAUUACCGAACUUCUACAGUCUGCACAGUUGGCUUGGAUGCGUAACCAUGGGUCUAUUCGGCAUUCAAGUAAGUACCUAA